ACUCCUCCAUCUCACCCCUCACGCGCUCACCCGCUCACUGCGCGCGCCUGUGCCUGUUCCUGCGCGUGCGCGCGAGUAUCAGUGCGCGCGGGCUCUAGCGCUCUAAGUCAGCGGUGCACUGCGGAAAGUGUAGUUUAGCGCGGUGCAACGCGGGACCUCGCGGGCGGUGUGGCAGAGCUGCAGCGGUGUAAUCGCGCGGAGCGGACCGCGGUGUGACUGUGGCGGAGAUGAGCAGCGCCCGCUCCCUGCAGGCCCUCACCUGGAGGAGGCUUUACCUGAGCCGAGCCAAACUCAAAGCGUCCAGCCGAACCUCCGCCCUGCUGUCCGGGUUCGCCAUGGUGGCGAUGGUGGAGGUCCAGCUGGACACCAGUCACGACUACCCCCCUGGCCUUCUGAUCGCCUUCAGCGCCUGCACCACCGUGCUGGUGGCUGUUCACCUGUUCGCCCUGAUGAUCAGCACCUGCAUCCUGCCCAACAUUGAGGCGGUCAGUAAUGUCCACAAUCUGAAUGCCGUGCUUGAGUCGCCACAUGAGCGAAUGCAGCGGUACAUCGAGCUGGCCUGGGCAUUCUCCACCGUCAUCGGCACGCUGCUGUUCCUGGCUGAGGUGGUGCUGCUGUGCUGGGUGAAGUUCCUGCCCGUCCGGCCGCGGAACCAAAAGAACGGCACCAUGCCUGCCGGGGUCGCUGCUGCUAUCACCUCCACCUCCAUUAUGGUGCCCUUUGGCCUCGUCUUCAUCGUCUUCGCCGUCCACUUCUACCGCUCGCUGGUCAGCCACAAAACCGACCGGCAGUUCCAGGAGCUAGAGGAGCUGGAGGACCUCCAGAACGAACUGGACCAGGGAGGGGACGCCUCAGUACUGCAGUCUCCCACGUCACAGUAGCGUUGAGUGGGCUGCGGGGGGCGCUGCUGCAGCGGGGUCAGUUUACCUGCUGUAGGUGUUCUAAUGCUGCUAGAGCUGCUGUCUCACCUGAGUACCAACCACAGUACUGGUGUCUAAGACACCUGAGCAAACCAAACACCCCUGUGAUCACCAGCACAAUGGUCCACACCACACCAGCAUCCAGCACCAGAGAGAUACGACUCUACAUUUAAACAACCUUCAGUUAAUUGGUUAUUAGAUUUCAUUUGAAAUAAUUAUUUUAUUAUGAAGCGUUAGAUGUUGUUUGGUGUUGUUUUAUGAAGACCAGCUUUAGAAGCUUUAAUUAAUCGGAGUAUUGAUUUGAAAGACUACCCCCACACACACACACACGCACGCACACACACUGUCCGAGGCAUUAUCCUGAAGCCAUCAGCCAAUCACAGUGCACAACUAAUCCCGCUGCAGCAGAUCUGCUGUACUGAUCCUGAUCCUGCAUGUGGAUAUUUAAUGAAAUGCUUUGUAGUGUUUUAUCUCUCUGUGUGUUUGUUUGUGUGUGUGUGUCCAAUGCUGCGUUCACAUUUCAGGAUUUCGUACUCUGACUGAUCUCUGUCUGAUUCACUGAGGUCUGAUCAUAUGUAUUACAUGCCAAAAGUCAUGGGAGAAGAACUAGUAUGGUGUCCCAUGACUUUUGGCAUACUCCAUUGACACUAAACAGUGCUGCAUUGAGCCGUGGAAUAUGUGAGUGGAGUCUCCUGCAGUAAAUGUGGGUGUGACUUCACAAGUCUCUGUUUAUUACACGGGCAAUUCUAGCCAGACGCCUCCGCUCUUCAUCACUCUAUCAUGGUGAUAUUAGCUUCAAUGGAGUAUUUCCAUCCAUCUGCACCCAAUUUUAGGAUCAGUUUUUAAACAACCACACUUAUAACAUCUCAAUACUUAUACAGGUGUUGGCAUUUGCAAGCCCUCUGUCCCCUGAGGAAUCACUUAAUGAUCAGUUUACAUCCUGCUGUCCCAGGACUUUAUGGUAAAAAGGUAUCCUAUCAUGAUAAAACAUAUCACAAAAAUAUAUAUUGUCAUUCUGCCCAGAAUGACUAAACAACACGGAAUGACUAUGCAUGACGAAUUAAACAAUCAGCGCAGUAAAAUUCAAUCAAUUAUUCAUGAUUAUUCUGCAGAUUCAUUAAUUAGCCACGUCAAAUUUAGUAUCUGAUGUUUUACAGAAGAAGAUGGUAGACUAAUGUUGCUAAACAUUCUGGAAAUCAGCACAAAUAACCCAUAAAAACUGUUACAACAUAUAUAUAUAUAUAUAUAUAUAUAUAUAUAUAUAUAUAUAUAUAUAUGGGUAAAGCAGGUCUAUUUUAACAUAAGUCGUGUAAUUCACUUAAGAAGGUUUAAAGUUUACGUAUCUGUGAGUUUAUUGGCUGGUUUAAAAAUAGAAAUCUGAUUAUUAUCUAACUCCUGUUACUCUGAAGUUUUCCCCAAUUAUUUGAUUACCCACAUUGAUAUAAAGUAAAGUUGAUCUGAAACUGAUAAAUUUUCACUCAGUGAUCAGGUCUGAUUAUUCCUGUAAUGUGAACGUGGCUGCGGGUCUGAUUGUGGCAUGCGAUGAAAUGCUUGUUAAACGCUUAAAACAAACUGUCCGUAACGUUAUUCUGUCCGGUGACUGCAGUCCGAUCAUAAGCUCAUUAUUAUUUAAUAUUUAUCUGUUUUUAGAUUACAGUUGUGUCAUUGUGUUUAUUGAUCAUGUGAGCAGAUCGAAGCAAUUUGUUGAUGAAGACACUUCAGUUUACAGUUUUUAUUCAGACUCUGAUCUAACAGAACUGAUUAGCUGCCUGUGUUGAACGAAGCGGUAAGCGCUAACUGUAUGACAUACACUCCUAAUUCCGCAUAACGACAUCGUGAACAUAAUGAUUUACCCCUUACAGCAUCUCACUCUCCUCUCUUACAGUGUUUACAUAAACACUGGAUUCGAUAUCAGAGAGAGAUAAUCAGAACAAUGUCAGUGUUCUGCUCCUCUCAAUAUAUACAAAUAUUUCAGUUUAAUAUCAGUUUUAAUUAAAUGUUGAUCUGGUGAGCACUUUACAGAAAAUGAAUGUUUACAUUAUAGUAAUGGUAAAGUUUCUGAAACCUUUAUGUUGAAAAACGGGUCUCAGAGGGCUAAUUUCACAGUUAGCCUGAUUAGCUAAGGGAAAACUAUGAUGUUUAUAGUGUUUAAGUUCAGGUUUUUAGAUUUUGGAUAAAUUUCUUAAGUUAAAUAACUGUGUUUAAGGAGAAUCUGACCGAAGCAGUUUUAAUGUGAAAGUGUGUCCGUCUGAGUUAGCGGAAUUAGCACGGCUGCAGAUUGAUUCCACUGGCUGUUUACAGAAUAUUAAUUUUAUGACCAAAUAGAAUAAGACACAAAUAUUAACUGUUUACAUGAGGAGGAAGGUGGAGCCUGUUUGUAUUAUUUUAUUGUUUACUGGAUAAGAACUGGAACAUUUUUGUCAUAAACUUCAUAAACAUUUUAAUCCAAUAAAACUGAAUCUCAUAAA